AUGGAAGGAGCUCCAGACCUACAGGCUCGUAGGAGUACGUCAUGCCCUCGAGUCCUUGGGAGCGAAACCGAGCGAUCGAACCCGUCAACCGACGAAGGGAUAGACUCUGCCGCGGAAUAUGGAGCUCAUUCCUCACCUGAGAACGCAGCUAUCUCUCCAAUUUCUGGAAAUGCCACCGGGUCAGCAAAAUCAACUUCUCCAGAAUUCCGGAAAUCAAGCUCGAGCUCCGGAAGAGUUCUCGGUCCGGCAGGGGUAUCCAAGGAGCAGUGCGAGAGGAAGAGUCCACACACUGAAAGUUCCAGGAACCGGGAUAAGGACUGUGCACAGAGUCAGUGUCCCCUCCAUGGACAGAUCUUGGUCGAUGGAGCGGCAGCUGAAUUCAUCGACUUUUGCGAAGAAGUACGCUCGAAAAACCCUCUAAGCCCCGUGCGCGAGAACGGUCAGGAUCGUAUAGGAUCCCUCAUAUGCGAAUUCCUGGUGAAUAAGAAGAGUUGGGACACGGGAGCGGCGAUAAUCGCGGUGAGAAAAGCGAGAGAACCCGGUAUUUGCGAGGAAAAAUGCAUCGAUGCACUCUCCGCGCGUGUCGGCAGCACCGACGGAGAUGGUGCAAAAAAUCUCUUCUCUCAGCAGCUACCGACCCUGGACAGCGCCGGGAGAAGAUUGCGCGAGCUGAUGGCUAAGAUUCCCGGCUUAGCCGUCGCCGAGGAUCCCUUAUGGGUGCGGAAGUUUGCGUCUCAGCUCUCCGGUUGCCGGGAGCCGGGAUUUCCCGGGGCCCGCCACACGCGCAUCAGCGAAGAGAAUCUGCUUAAGUUAUCAGGAGCUGCCUAUCGGGUGACCUGGAAAUCGGACGGCCUCCGUUUCCUCCUGCUCAUGACGCACCCUGGAGUGACCUUCCUGCUUGGAGAGGAGGAUGAGGCCUACCAAGUGUCUGGUUUCUCUUUUCCCUACUCAAAGGACGCCUCCAGACCACUCUUCACGACUCUGCUCGAUGGGGAAUUGGUGUUUGAUCUGGACGGGGGAAUAAGCAGACCUCGCUACCUGAUCCACGACAUCAUUCAUUUCCGUCUUCAGAAAAUGUGGAAGAUGAAUUUCAGCGAGCGAGAGUCGUGCAUCCAGAAGGAAAUCAUAGAUGUCAGGAGGCGAUACGCGCAAGAGGGGAUCCUCGAUUUGAAGGAGGAGCCCUUUUCGAUAAGGAAGAAAGAGUUCUUCCCACUCGGAAUGACCAGCAAAAUCAUCGCUCCGAAGUUCAGAUCGCAGGUCUCGCACAGGGUCGACGGCGUAAUCUUCAAAGCGGUACAUGAGGCCUAUUCACCCGGACCCAGUGAUGCUCUCUUAGAAUUUAUUCUACCGCAAUCACUCAACGGGGCAGCAUCCGCAUUCCAAGAUUCUCUUCUCGAGAACAUUCGACACACAUCCUCAAAAGAGUCGAAAAGUCCAUCCCCACCAUUCGACGAGCCGGGCAGGAAACGGCACCGCUCACUGCCACAGGGGAAUAGUCUACUCAAAUAG